GUUGUUCCCACUGAAGUCGAGCCUUCUUCACUUGGCGACGACGAGCGAUGGACGUGAACGGGGAUGCGGUCCAUGACACACUCAGCAAGGCGGAGAGGGGGGCUGUGGCAGCGGCAGUGAACCUUAUCCUCAUCAGGUGUCAAUUGCAGAGGACCGAGGGGAGGAUGAGAGCAGCCAUUCACGCACGCUGGAAGAAGAUGCUGCAGUCCAUGCAUGUGGACGAAGAGGGCAGUGGUGCCAUUUGCGACGCCGUCCUGCAGGUGUGCUAUGCCAUGGGGUGUGGAGCAUUUCCCAGAGCGACGCUCAGGUGGUGGAUGAAGCGACGGACAGGGGGGGUGUGGGAGGAUCUGCGGCAAUGCGACGAUGCGACGGAAGACUACUUCAAGAAGAAGCUGCGCAUGUCGCCACGGGUGUUCCGGGAGAUAGCGGAAGCUCUGUCUUCCUUCCUUCAACGGCGUGUCACUUUCUAUAGGGAGCCCCUCCAACCUGACCUCAUUGUAGCGUACGCUUUGAACAGAUGGGUGUCGGGGGAGACGUACGAGAGCGGGAUAUGCAGCUUCGGCAUUGGAAGAAAGUUUGGGUUGGUGGCUGUGCGGGAUGUAACUUCGGCGUUGCUGAGUGCGUACCCGGAAAAGAUAUCGUGGCCAACGGGGCUGCGAAAGGCGGUCGUCUUGCGUGCUUUCACUGACAACGGUUUCCCCAACUGCAAUGGCUGCAUCGAUUGUACCCACAUCUUCAUCGACAAGCCAGCCAAUUGCCCCGACGAGGACUACUACGACAGAAAACGUCGUUUCUUCGUCCAGGCUCAGGUGGUCGUCGAUGUCAACUUGCGCGUGCUGGAUGUGUUCGUCGGAUAUCCGGGAAGUUGCCACGACGUGAGGAUCGUCCACUUGUCCAGUUUAUGGGCGCGCGCGGAGGCAGAGAAGCUUUUCACUGGGCCACCCAUCAUGCUGCCUUUCAGUGUGCGGACGAACGGGUAUCUGCUUGGCGACAAUGGUUACCCCCCCUCCGAAUGGGUAGUCGUCCCCUAUGAUGGUCUAUCACAGCACUCGUCGGAGAUGCAGUUCGACAACAAGCAGAAGACGGCGAGGGGAGCAGUCGAGAGGGCUUUCGACAGAUUGAAGGGGAUGUGGAGGUUGUUCCUUCGCUCCCAAGACGAACAUGGAGACGUUGCCGCAGCAAUUCGUCGCCGUCUGCAUUCUGCACAACAUACUCAUCGACGCGGGCAUCCCGUUCGACGACAAUCUACGGUGGGAGGUCGGGCCGGAUGGUGUUCGUCGCAGGGUGGACCUUGGGAUGCACCGCCCAUUGAGGCAGAUGUGCAUGGAGUCGUCAACGGGGGAUGCGCUGAUCCUGCGGGAUGCACUGGCAGAACGAAUGGGUACGCAGUGAAGACGGCGAAUUCGUGGGAGCAGGGAGUUAAUCGACCGCUGCCUGUAUCGGUGGGCGUUGGAGUGCAUGCGGCGGCUUGUUUGGCGCACUUUAGUUUCGUGCACUUUCGCAUUGCGCCGCACUUAGGAGGUUGUCGUCGGGUGGGGUUUAUGGCGAUGGCACAGUCCAUCGCGUCGUCGGCGGGGGUUUCGUGACGCGCGUGUAGUUGUCUGUCUUUGCGAUGAUUUCUAGUGUGGUGCCACUGUGAGUGACAGGUGUGAGUGACGGAGUCCAUUUCCGGG